CUAUUUUCUUCAUUUUUUUAUUCUUGGGUCUCGAUGAUGACGACGACGACGGUGAUGAAGUACUCAAAGCAGCAGUGAAAAAAAAACCAAGGAAGAAAGAAAACCCUCCCUCUCCCAUCCAUGCCCAGAUUCCUCCUCCUCCUCCUACUCCUCCUCACUUCUCCGCUUUCUUGAAUCCGCGCGCUCCGCCGUGCCCCAGAUCCCGGUGACCCCUUCUCCGACGGAGGACGGCGAGGAUGAAGCGAGAGCACCACCACCUCUAUCCCCAGACGGACCCCUCCACCUCGGCCUCCGCCGCCGCCGGGAAGUCCAAGAUGUGGGACGAAGACGGCUGCGGCGGCGGCGGCGACGAUGAGCUCCUGGCCGUGCUGGGCUACAAGGUGCGGUCCUCCGACAUGGCCGAGGUUGCCCAGAAGCUGGAGCAGCUCGAGGAGGUCAUGUUCAGCGCCCAGGAGGACGGCCUCUCCCACCUCGCCUCCGAGACCGUCCACUACAACCCCUCUGACCUCUCCUCCUGGCUCGAGAGCAUGCUGUCCGAGUUUAAUCCCCUGCCGCCGCCCCCCGGCGGGUUCGGCGGCGGACCCCUCUCCGUCCCCGUCGCCGCCGCGCCGCCGCGGCCGCAGCCCGUGGGCGACCCGUUCCUCCCCCGCGCGGAGUCCUCCUCCAUCACCACCGUUGACUUCGGGGCGGACCAGCGGAUGCAGAGCAGCUGCGGGAGGAGCUCGCAGAUGAACGAGCCGCGCCCGGAGAUCGGCUCGUCCGGGAUCGUGUUCGAUGAGGAGUCGUCUUCCGAUUACGAUCUCAAGGCUAUUCCCGGUAAGGCCGUGUUCGGCCGCGCCCAAGCGCAAGCGCAAGCGCAGACCCGCACCCGCCUCGCUUCUACGUCUUCUUCUUCCACCUCCUCGAGCGCCGUCACCGCCAAGCGCUUCAAAUCCUCUCCCAGCGACGCGGCCGUCGGAGCCGCCCCGGAAUCGAGCCGGCCGGUCGUCCUGGUGGACUCGCAGGAGAAUGGGGUCCGGCUCGUGCACGCGCUCAUGGCCUGCGCGGAUGCCGUCCAGCAGGACAACCUCAGCAUCGCGGAGGCGCUGGUGAAGCAAAUCGGGUUCCUGGCGAUCUCGCAGGCCGGGGCGAUGAGGAAGGUCGCCACUUUCUUCGCGGAGGCGCUGGCGCGGCGGAUCUACCGGGUCUACCCGCAGAACCCGCCGUUGGACCACUCCCUCACCGACGCCCUCCAGAUGCACUUCUACGAGACCUGUCCUUACCUCAAAUUCGCCCACUUCACCGCGAACCAGGCCAUCUUGGAGGCCUUCGAGGGCAAGAGCCGCGUCCACGUCAUCGACUUCAGCAUGAACCAGGGCCUCCAGUGGCCGGCGCUGAUGCAGGCCCUCGCCCUCCGCCCCGGUGGGCCGCCCACCUUCCGCCUCACGGGGAUCGGCCCCCCCGCCCCGGACAACUCCGACCGCCUCCAGGAGGUGGGGUGGAAGCUGGCCCAGCUGGCGGAGACCAUCCACGUCGAGUUCGAGUACCGCGGGUUCGUCGCCAACAGCCUCGCCGACCUCGACGCGUCGAUCCUGGAGCUGCGGCCGAGCGACGCCGAGGCGGUGGCGGUCAACUCGGUGUUCGAGCUGCACAAGCUGCUGGCCCGCCCGGGGGCGAUCGAGAAGGUUCUGGGCGUGGUGCGGCAGGUGCGGCCGGCGAUCGUGACGGUGGUCGAGCAGGAGGCCAACCACAACGGGCCGGUCUUCGUGGACCGCUUCAACGAGUCGCUGCACUACUACUCCACCUUGUUCGACUCCCUGGAGGGCUGCGCCAGCACGCAGGACAAGGCCAUGUCGGAGGUCUACCUCGGGAAGCAGAUCUGCAACGUGGUGGCGUGCGAGGGCGCCGACCGGGUCGAGCGCCACGAGACCCUCGCCCAGUGGCGGGUCCGCCUCGGCGGCGCCGGGUUCGUCCCGGCCCACCUCGGGUCGAACGCGUUCAAGCAGGCGAGCAUGCUGCUGGCCCUGUUCGCCGGCGGGGACGGGUACCGGGUGGAGGAGAACGGCGGUUGCCUGACGCUCGGGUGGCACACGCGGCCGCUCAUCGCCACCUCGGCGUGGCGGCUCGGCGGCCCGAGCGCCGGAGCCGCCCACUGAUUCCGGCGGCCCCCACCACCACCACGACGGGGAGGCCUAGUGGUGCGUCGACGUGCAGCGCUGAGCUGGUUUCAGACGCUGACAGAGACACCCCACUCACCGCUUGUCUCCGGCCCCUCCACCCCCACGACCACCACAAAAAAAAAAAAAAAAAGAGGGUCCAUCCAGAAAAAGAGAUUGAAAAAAAAUUAGGAAAAAUUGCUAGUUUUUUUCUUUUUAGGUCGAGUCAGUAGCUUUUUCUUUUUUCAAACCCCUUUUGUAACUUUUUUUUUUUUUGUAAUUUCGAGGGACAUAUUCAAGAGGGUCAAUGUGUAAUUUAUGGGUGCUGUAGCUGGUGUGGUGUAAUAAGGGAAUGGAACAAAAGCUAUUUUCGGACUUGUCCUUUGAUUCCUGCUAGUUUCUGGCAAUGAAAUGAUGUGUUAAAACAAAAA